AAAAGUAAAAUACAAUAGAUAUACUGAUAUGCAUUGUUGUUUAGCCCUUGUUUAACGUUAACCGUUAAAUCAAACGGUACUGAGUCUUUACAUAAGGAUGCGCGCGCGUCUUGGCAACGGAAGUAGAAUUUUGCUGCUGCCGAUAACUUCCUUAACCGAAGCUAAGCACUGAAUCUAAACUGUUUUCAAGCAAAAUGUCGGCUUGUUGCGUGUCUGGCUGUAAAAAUCGACAUUCGUCGACCAGCAAACUGAAACUUUACAGAAUACCGUCUGGAUAUCGGCCGUUUCAGGCCAACCGGAGACGUUUAUGGCUACAAGCGAUCCAACAAGCGAACGGCAGCACCGAGGAACUCAAAGGAAAUGCUCGUAUUUGUGGCGCUCAUUUUAUAUCAGGGGAAGCUUCCAUGGACCACGACAGUCCUGACUUUGUGCCUUCUGUGUUUUCAUGCACUAAACAGCGAGCGAACGCCAAAAAAAAAUUUAAAAGGUUUUAUGGCCGUAGAAAAAGGCGGCGGCGUGCAGCAAAUGUGAAAACAGCGGAAAAAACUACUCCACCUAGGGCUGAUUCUCCUAUGGACCUCCAGUCCCCUGUUUUGAUGGAAGAAGCACAGACACCAUCAGCUUCAUCAGUGCCAAAGGAAGGACAAACACUGGUUAAAGACGCUGAGACUGAAACCAAAACAGUCAAAUCACAAACAAUAUCCCGCCCAAACAAGGCGUCACCAUCAUUUAAAGCACCAGCAGGCUUCCCAAAGCUAGACAAAAGGAUUCCCAUUUUGCUCCUAAAACCUGUGUUUGCACCAGCAAGUGGGUAUCGGUGUGAACUGUGCAAUCAGAAUUUCACCAGUGUUUCACAGCUGCUUAAACACAAACCGCUGCAUAAAGAAGAAAAGUCCUUUACCUGUGAAAUAUGUGGACAGGUCUUCACCAGUCAGGCAGAUUUCACUGAGCACCAGCGUGUUCAUGAGCCUUCCUUUCCGUGCAACAUAUGUGACCGAUCGUUCACCACUAGUCAUAACCUCAAGCGUCAUAAACUCCUGCAUGUCAAAGAUGGCAGGAAGUGUCCCAAGUGUGGUGUACUCUUCUGCCAACGUCAUAAACACAUUUUAUUCCUGCCACAAGCUGAGUCUCUAACUAAGUCUGAGCAGGAUUCCUUCAUCACUGAGCCACAAAAUGAAAGCAGUAAUUUGAUGCCAGAAAACACUCUGCCGGAGAAGCCUGAGGCAAGCCAGACGGCAGACCUGAAUGACGAUGCGCAGAGCACCAUGACACCAACACCUACUGCGCAUACUGUUUUGCCAAAACCUGGACCUUUAUCCAAGACCCAUAAAGCCCUACCUCCUGCCUCGCACACUAGAAUCUUAUCAGAAAUCCCUAUACCAGUGUUGAUAAAACCUUCCUCUGUGCCACGUCCACCCCGGCCAGUACCCGGGUACCCAAGGAAUCCAGGCACCUCUUCUCAGCUAAGGUCACCCCUGCCCACCUACCCUGCAACCUUCAUUCAGCCUCAUCUCCCCCAACAUCCAGAUCUCCCCUCCUCACUGAAGAUCUUCUCACCACAGUACCUCACCUCAGCAUUACUCAAGGUUACAAGAAAUUAUGAAUAUAUUUUAAACAAACCAAGAGUUGUUAAGAAGGAGGAUAUUGUGAAGGUGGAACAAUGCGAGCUGCCUCUGAUUCCUCCAGAUGAGCACAGCGUUAAGCGUGAGAAAAAGGAAAGAACAGCAUAUGACCUGGAGAUUGUACUCUGAAAAGGUAAUACUUUUAAAAACAAUUAGUGAAUGAUUCCUGUACUUUGUUUCACUACAACUUAACCUGCCUGUUUGCCUCAGCCGUAAUGUUUUACUUUACACUACUACUUAUACCAAGACUUGCUCUUCGUAUCAUAAAGUUAACAUUACAUUUUCCCAAACACAUUGUGUUUGUUUGAAGAUAUACAGCUAAAACGUUCUACUGCAAAUAUGCCACAUUUUUGCCAUCUUUAUUGCAUGAUGUGGUCACGUUUUGUUUAAUGUUCUUAUGACAUAUGUAUACUGUGAAUGUAUUGCUGCACACUUUCCUGUUUUUUGUGUGUUUUUUUUUGUCAGUUAGGCCUAAUCUUGUUCAGCACAUAUAUAUAUUUUAAGGUAAGUGCCUGAACCCAUAAUGCUGCUGUUUUUUUUUAUUUUGUAAGAGUGCUAUAUUUAGGAUGCUGUCACUUCUUGAUUACUUUUUCAGUAAAUAAUACUGUUCUGUAAGAUAGAGGGGUGUGUAACUGACCUGCAUUGUAAAACUGUGCACCAGGUGACAUUUGGACAGGCUAUAUUCUGUACCUAGUGUGUGGGUUAAUAAUCAAUUUAGUCUGUGAGCAAAUGCACAUUGCUGCAAAUGAUAUGAAUAUCAUUAUCUACCAUCAUAUCUGAAAAGUAUUGUCAAUUAAUUCAGUUUUGCCAUCUACCUCAGUGACCGGGAACCACGUAGACAGUGGUUGUUGUUUUAUAUUAUAGAAAUAUGUUUGCACAGAGAGUGUACUUUUACCCCCAUGUAUACAAAUGUAUACAAAUAUACUGUUAAAUUUCCAGUAUUUGGGAUGCACAAGGAUUAUGUUUUUUAGUUUACUCGUGUGAAUUAAAACCUGGAAGUGUCAGAAAGCAGAUUGGUGUAUUGAGAGGGGGAACUACCUUUCGGAGACCCCCCCCCCCCAACCCCGAUUACAGUAAGCACCUAACCUGGUAAACGGUAUGUUAGCAAGACGCUGGUUCCCUACCUGCAGCAGGGCCACACAGCUUGCUGAGAAUGUUGUUUAUGUGUUAUGUGUGUGUUAAUGAACUUUAUAUCCCUUUCUGUCUCUACAGUCAGUGGAAGACAAUUUUAUAACAAUACAUUUUACCAGAAUGUUUUCUUUGCCUUGUGCCUUGGCCACAGUCCUGCAACAGUGACAUUAAAACUCUCAAUUUAAACCAAAUGAGUUUUCACACUAACAAGAGAUAAAAUAAAUAAACUGCAAUGCAUCUAAAUUGAAAUGUAAUCUGUACUUGAAUAUAAAUGCAGAAAUAAAAUGAUACUACUUUUAA